AUGUCCACCGCACUGAACCUAAACGUUCUCUCCAUAGGAGGAUCACGCAACAUCGGGUACUUUUCCUCGCUCAAGCUUCUUGAACUAGGAGCAACAGUAACCUUCCUCCUGCGCACCCCAUCCACAUUCGACACCAACACCGCCAUCCAGAAAUACGUCACCUCCGGAACAGCUCGCUUGAUCAAAGGCGACGCCCUUGUUCGCGAAGACGUCGAGCGAGCGUGGAAAGAGGCAGCAGGUAAGGAGAAUAAGCCUAUCGAUGUGCUCUUAUUCACUGUCGGCGGCACGCCCAAAUUCUCACUGCUCAACGGCUUCACCAUAUCCCCAGCGAACCUCGUAACCCAAUCCCUCCUCAACACCCUCUCAACCAUCCCUCCUCAACCCUUCCAACCACGAAUAAUAACAAUUUCAUCAACAGGCCUAACACGCACAUCUCACGCGUCCCUCCCGCUCCCCUUGAAGCCGUUAUACGGAUACCUCCUCCGCGUCCCUCAUGAGGAUAAAGUAGGCGCGGAGAGGGUCGUGGCGCAUUGUGCUGGGUGGAAGUGGGAUGCUAAAGAGGACGGAGAGCCGGGGGCUGAUAUUAUGGGUACGGAGGAGUGGAGGGGCAGAGAGGGUCUGCCUAAGGAGGGAGAGUUGAAGAGGGUAUUGGUUAUUAGACCGGCGUUGUUAACUGACGGAGAUUGUCUUGCUGACAAGUUGGAGGCGAAGCCGGGGAAAUGUGGGAAGAAGGAAUUGAAGAAGGCGUAUAGAGUCAGCGAGGAAGAGUUGGGCGGGUGGACGGUGUCGAGGAAGGAUGUGGCGCAUUUCGUGGUGGAUGCUAUUGUUCAUCGGUGGGAUGAGUUUGAGAAUAAGUGUGUGAGCAUCGCGUAUUAG